AUGUACAAACCCGCCGUCAAUCUACGUGAAGCCCUGGAGAAGGCUCGCAGAAGAGAGCAAAUGUCGCGAACGAAGCAACAAGAGGAGUCGGCGACUUGCGCGGCGGUACAAAGAAACCCAGCGGAACCCAACACGUCUCAUCCAAUCGAGAGUACUAGUUCCCGGUCGUGGUGCCCCUAUUGUGCACGGUUCGGUCGACGGGCCCAACACUGCGGGCACAACCCUCCAACGUACCCACGUGAUCAGAAAGGUCGGUUAGAAGGCACCCCAGUAUCCUUCUUGAUUGAUACUGGAGCUUCAUGCUCCUUGGUCAGCGAGUACUUAGUCAAGCCCACCCGUACUGCCGAUGCGAGACAAUCGAUCGUCACUGCUGUCAACGGUUCCAAAGUGCUCAUCAAGGGUAGAGCACAGCUGAAAGUGAGUCUAUCAAGGUUGGAAGUCACCCACCCCUUCUUGGUGUGUCAUGGUCUCCGAUGGGGAGCCAUCCUGGGGAUGGACUUUUUGCGGAAAUAUUGUGACACGAUUACAAUCUCGAAUACCUCCCUGAAGUUCCGGAUACCAGGUGGAGUCCCAGAACAGAAAUGUUACAGCAUAACAUACCCUGAGUGCUCGGGAGUCCAGGUGCAAAACAGUACAAAACAAGUUGGCCUUGUUCAUAAGAGUGUAGAAGAGCUUCAGAGAAUGUAUGCGGACGCUUGA